AUGCACGGACUCUACACUGAAGGCAUCUACCGCAAGUCGGGCUCCACUAACAAGAUCAAAGAGCUCAAACAAGGCCUGGACACAGACGUGGAGAGCACCAACCUGGACGACUACAACAUCCAUGUGAUCGGCAGCGUGUUCAAGCAGUGGCUCCGGGAUCUGCCCAACCCCCUGAUGACCUUCGAGCUGUACGAGGAGUUCAUCCGGGCCAUGGGUUUGCAAGACAAAAAGGAGAUGGUCCGUGGGGUUUAUUCAGUUAUCGACCAGUUAAGCCGCACUCAUCUCAACACACUGGAACGCCUCAUAUUCCACCUCGUCCGAAUUGCACUACAGGAGGAGACCAACCGCAUGUCGGCCAACGCCCUGGCCAUCGUGUUCGCUCCGUGUAUCCUGCGCUGCCCCGACACCAUCGACCCCCUGCAGAGCGUGCAAGACAUCAGCAAGACCACCGCGUGCGUGGAGCUCAUCAUUUGUGAGCAGAUGAGCAAGUACAGAGUCCGGCUAAAGGACAUAAACACACUGGAGUUUGCAGAGAACAAGGCCAAGAGCAGACUGACCCUGAUCCGGCGUUCCAUGCGGGUCACCUCCCAUGGUGCCUCUCCCCAGCUGAGCCCACACCUCUCCACCCUGAGGAGCCCGGUGCUGGAGCCGGGCUGCAGAGAGGAGGCCCCGCACCCGGAUAUGAACCAGCACCAGCAGGCUGCCAUGCAGCAGGAGGAGAGGGUGCUGACGGAGCAGAUCGAACACCUGCAGAAGGAGAAGGAGGAGCUGACCUUUGAGAUGCUGGCCCUGGAGCCUCGGGCCUCUGAUGAUGAGACCCUGGAAUCAGAGGCUUCCAUCGGGACGGCAGACAGCUCUGAGAACCUCACGGUGGACUCUGAGGGACUGUCUGACUUAUCAGAGAGGGCCCCCCUGACGUCCCCCUGGCCCCGCCGGUCAGACGGUCGCAGCCCUCGGCAGCGGACUCUCCACAGACAGCCCGACUCUCUGGACUCUGUGGACUCCUGCUCCAGUGUGACCUCUUACUCUUCCUCCUCACACUUCCAGUCCUCCUCCUCCUCAAACACCAGGCGCUUUCGCUUCCACUCCAAGUCCCCGUCUUCCCCCAUCGCGGGCCCCUCCCAGCCGCCGCCCCCCCGCACUGACCACCUGGACCUCAGUCCUACAGAGGCAGAGCCGUACGACGAGCGACCUCAGUUUACGAGCAGAGGGACUUUCAACCCUGAAAAGGGCAAGCAGAAACUAAAGGGGGGCAAGCACCCAUCCCUGAGGCACUCCCGGGACGGGGGCCACAGCAGAGACCCUCCGGAGCUCCCGCAGCAGCUAGUCCUAUACGGCAAUAAUGAGUUCAUGGUAUGA